ACUGAGAGGAGAAGGUGGAGCAUCAGAAUGGGCAGAGCUUCACCUGUUGUAGAAAACUGUAUCCUGGGCUGAGAGGAGAGCAGAGAGAGGACCAUGAUGGUCAGGGAACACCUGGAUGUAAGACAUCAGGGAGGGAGGAAGGAGAAUCUGAGGGUCUGACAGCACACACAGCUGAUAUCUACAAGUUUUUGGACCAAACAUGGCAGCAGCUUCGGCUCUUCUUCUCUGCACGCUGCUGAUGGUCUCUGGAGGCCCGAGUCUGGCCAACGUGGCGACGACAACAACCGUGAGCCCGGCUGAGGUCUCCGGGAACGGCACGGGUCACGGAGCAGCCCAGAUCACCGAGUUGCCCAUCGUAACGUGGAAGUGGCACCACGUGGAAGCCCCGUACCUGGUGGCCCUGUGGGUCCUGGUCUGCUGGCUCUGCAAACUCCUCAUCGAGGCCAACCACCACGUGACCGAGUACAUCCCGGAGAGCGCCCUGCUCAUCUGCUGYGGCUUCAUCCUGGGGGGCAUGAUCUGGGGGGCCGACAAGCAGCAGACCUUCAAGCUGGCCCCCAGGACCUUCUUCUUCUUCCUGCUGCCUCAGAUCAUCCUGGACGCGGGCUACAGCAUGCCCAACAAGAUGUUCUUCACCAACCUGGGGGGUAUCCUGAUCCACGCCAUCAUCGGGACCUGCUGGAACGCCGCCAGCGUGGGGCUGUCGCUGUGGGGGUGCAACAAGGGCGGGGCCAUGGGAGACACAGAGAUCGGUCUGCUGCAGUACCUCCUGUUCGGCAGCCUGCUGGCCGCCGUCGACCCGGUGGCCGUCCUCGCCGUGUUCGAGCAGGUCCACGUCAACGAGGUCCUCUUCAUCAUGGUGUUCGGAGAGUCGCUGCUGAACGACGGCGUCACUGUGGUGCUCUUCAACGUCUUUGAUGCGUUCGUGACGCUUGGAGGAGCUAAAGUCACGGCAGCUGAGAUCGUUAAAGGAAUAAUUUCCUUCUUCGUGGUGGCGUUUGGAGGUUCUCUCCUGGGGUUCGUGUUCGGGCUUCUCAUCUCACUUUUAUCCAGAUGCACCAAAAACAUCCAGAUCAUCGAGCCCGGCUUCAUCUUUGUCGUGGGGUACCUGGCCUACCUGACGGCUGAGAUGCUCUCCCUGUCCUCCAUCCUUUCGAUUACUUUCUGUGGGAUCUGCUGUCAGAGGUACAUGAACUCCAACCUCAACGAGGAAUCUGUCAAGACAAUCAAAUACGCCAUGAAGGUCUUUGCAAACGGAUCGGAGACGAUGAUAUUUGUCUUCCUCGGCAUCUCCGCCAUCGAUACGACAAUCUGGGUUUGGAACACGGGCUUCAUCCUCCUCACGCUCCUCUUCAUCUUAAUCUACAGGUUCAUGGGUGUGUUUUUCCUCACCUGGUUCAUGAACAGGACCAGACUGGUCCCCAUUUCGCUGAUUGAUCAGGURAUCAUGAGCUACGGUGGCCUGCGAGGGGCUGUGGCUUAUGGGCUGGCAGUGCUGCUGGAUGAGGCGAAGAUAAAGGAGAAGAACCUGAUGCUGUCCACAACGCUCAUCGUUGUCUAUUUCACYGUAAUUCUUCAGGGCAUAACCAUGAAACCUCUGGUGAAGUGGCUGAAGGUGAAGACGGCGGCACAAUCUGAGCUCACACUGAUUGCAAAGCUGCAGAACCGGGCAUUUGAACACACUCUGGUUGCCAUUGAGGACAUUUCAGGACAAAUUGGACACAACUAUAUGAGGGACAAGUGGUUUAAGUUCGAGGAGAAGUACAUGACGUGGUUCCUGGUGAAAGCCUCGGUGAGGAAGAAUCAGGACCGCCUCAACAACGUCUUCCACCAGCUGAACCUGAAGGACGCCAUGUCCUACGUAGAUAAGGGCGAGCGCAGAGGUUCGCUGGAGUUCAUCCGCAACGAGGGCGCCUUCAUCGACUUCAAGAAGAAGUUUGAUGAGGAGAUGUCCGAGGUCAUGCCUGACAUCAUGGCCAACAUGUCCGACGACAGAGCUCCACCCAGAAGAAGAGACACGGUGCCGUCAGUCAGUUUGGAGCUUCAUGAGCAGAACCUGAGAGGAAACAGAACAGCUGAAGAUUUCAACUCUCACCACCUCCUGCAGCAGCAUCUCUACAAGUCCAGGAACCAGCACCGACACAGGUACAGCCGAAGCCACUUUGAUAUCAACAAAGAUGAAGACGAAGUCCUGGAGAUCUUCCAGAGGACCAUGAAGAGUCGCCUGGAGUCCUUCAAGUCUGGAAAGAUGGGCGUGGCCCCGCCAAAGACGAUAACAAAACAUUCGAAGAAAGAUCAGCAGCCCUGGAAUCGAGAACCCGGCCUUCAUGCCGGACAUGGACCCGUCCUCGGCGCUGCACGUCCCUCCCUGGCUGGCGGACAUGGAGCUGGACUCGGUGGCUCCGUCUCAGCGGGCUCAGGUCCAGCUGCCCUGGACACCCAGGAACCUGCGCCAUCUGUCCCCGUUCCAGACCAGCACCAGGUCCAGCGACUCCUUCCAGCUGACCGACGAGCACCAGGGGGACCAGGAUGACCUGCCCCCUCCCCCAACACCUCCCCCCCACUGAGACCAGCUCCACCUGUACCUGGACCCAGCUGCAUAGACCCAGAACCUGACCUCAGACUUUGCACCAGACCAGACUCUGGACCAGAAGAUGUUUGUUUAUUUAAAAAUCUGCUUUUUCUGCUUUAAUUUAAGUCCGAUCUGCUGCAGGAGCUGCUGCUGCUGCUGCUGCUUCUUCAACCUGAUGAAAGUUUGUAAAAAAUGAAUAAUUUGAAUGAUUUCAAGUCAAAUCUGAUCAGAAUGUUUGUGUUUCAGCUGAAGAGGGAAAAAGGUGUAAAGGUUGUAAAAACUUUCAUGUAUUUAUUGACAAAUGUAGCUUUGAUGUGAAAUCUGUUGUUAAACUUUAUUUACAUGUUGGAUCUAAAAAUAAAAAAUUAACAGUUUUUGUUUAAA